GACGAACUGCUCUUGCUCGUCUCUGGACUACGUGGAUUAGUUACGUUCUAUGGCCUUUUCGUCGGGAAUCUGGAAUGAACAUAACAAAGAAGGUUACCGAGUUUCUCGCAGGCAAAGUCGUAUAGCCACCGUUCGCCGUUCGCACCAUCCUGUGAUGAUCCUAUAGCCCUUCGAGAUAUUGGGUAUGCAAAACGAUAUGAGAGGAGAAAUAGUCAACUGGCUUCGAACCCGGGAUCACUGACUGGGCCGUCGUACCGCCCCUGAAAAUUCCACAAGCAGCGGUCUUCUCAGCUUGGCGCGAACCUUUACUCGUCAUGAUAUCCUGUCACGAUCGCGAUGGACAUAAAGUGGGACUUAUCGGGACCGACAUUCAUCUUGCUGCCUCGAUGGCGGCCGUCGAGGUCAACCUACUUUAUUUGCUUAAUAUACGUCCUACUUCUGGACUAGAGGGCUGUCAGGAUUAUUCAGCUCAUCGUGCGUCGCGAUAUUGGUUGAGAGAAAGCCCGACGGAGAAUGGCGGGAUCACACACGACCGCCUGUGCUUGUGAUGCUAUCGCUUGCAAACAGUACCCCAUAUUAACGAAGUAAUUCAAAAAUGGUGUGCAAGGUAUAAUUCCAUUCUUGUCCU